CUUCUCCUCUCCUCUCUUUUUCGAAACCUUAUUAACCCUUUCUCCCUCUUUUCCUCUCUCUCUCUCUCUCUCUCUCUCUCUCUCUCUCUCCUCCGACGAAACCCUAGAAGAGGAAUGCACAAGAUGCGGCUCCACGAGCUGUGCCGCAGUCGUCGGUGGGAGCCGCCGGAGUACACGGUGAACCGCGAGGGCCCCGACCACGCGCCGCGCUUCUGCGCCACCGUGGCCGUCGCCGGCGCCACCUUCGACGCCCCUGACCCCUCCGGCUCCUCCAAAGAGGCCCAGAACAAGGCCGCCAUGGCCGCUCUCGACCACCUCACCUCCGCCGCCGAUACGAUCCCGCCCUCUCCCCAGACCCCUGAGAAUCAAAUAUCUUUCAAAAGCCAGUUGCAAAUAUAUGUGCAAAAGAGAAAUAAGGAACUACCAAUAUAUAACUCUACAAACUUUUUUAUGGCUACUGUUACAGUAGAUGGGCAAACUUUUGAAAGUCCAAAAUAUUUUAGCACAAUAGAGGAAGCCGAAAGUGCUGCCGCAGAAGUUGCUUUGAUGGCUUUGCCGCAAGAAGAAAAUCAGCAGGAAACUUUUUCAGCUGAAUCUGCUCUUUAUAAGAACCUUUUACAAGAGCUGACUCAGAGAGAAGGCAUAUCUUUGCCCUCAUAUCAAACUGAGAGAGAUGGUGCAUGCCAUAUGCCUACUUUUCGAUCAACUGUUGAAGUCGAAAGCGAGAGUUUUGAAGGAGAUGUUGCCAAGACGAAGAAGCAGGCUGAGAUGAAUGCCGCGAAGGUCGCAUGGUAUAAGCUUAGAGAGCGUAAACAAAAUCGACUUGUUUCUGAUCCUUUAACAAAUUCAUGUAUGCAAAAGGAAUUUGAUUCUGCCCAUCCUUCCACUGCUGCAUUAAUUAGCUCUGACGAGAAUGAAGCUGUAGCAGAGAAUCACACAUCAAACUCUCUUGAUUCUAUCGACUCCCAGUUAGAUCAGAAACCCAAACCUCCCAUUUUGCUUGCAAAUGCCUUAGAAGAUUACACUGCAGCACCUCCUACGAUGCGAGGUGCUGAGACUACGGUGAAGAACGAAAAUACUGAAGAACAUAACUUGCCUCAAGAUUUGGACUCGUUAUCUUCCACAUCGUCCGAUCUCUCCGAUGACCCUAUCACGACUGUGAGUAUCGAGUAUUCCAAGGGAAGGAGCUACGACUCCCUGAUGUGUAACAGAGUGCGAGUGUUCCCCCGCAAACCUGACUUGGUUUUGCCCCAAGGCGCAACCUUGCUUCCAUUCAGCGAUGAUAUGUGGGUAGCUGUUAGUCUCAAUUUCCGUCAAGGCGAUGUUCUCAUAUAAUCAGCAUUUCAAAGGGGAUUACGGAAAUCAAACUCACUUUCCCCAAAACCUGAUAGUAACAAUCUCGUGUUUUCUUGUUUUUCGUUUGAUAUGUAUGAAAUUUAAGUGAUUAAUUUGAUGAGUGUUGAACGUGUAUUAACUAAAGUAUAUAAACAAAAUGCUAUUGCAUGAACAAAAUAGUCAGAUAUGGGCAAUGAUCCAUCUGUUAUGAACUUUCAAUCUUUAUGAACAUAACAUCUUUUAAUUUGCAAGUAGUAUAGUAAACCAAAUGGUUAAUGGCUUGCUUUUCUUUA